AUGAGUGAUCUAAAGGAUAUGGACGGAAUUACAGAACAUUUCCAAGGCACUACGACACUUACCACAACUUUUGAAGGAGACCGAAUAGAUUCAGUUGAAGAUUAUAUUGUCGAUAAUACACAAAUGGAAAAAAAUCGGCAAUCAUCACCGUUUAUCGAACAUGAUAUAGAUGAAGAUGCACAAACUGUUGACGAAGAAGAAGGAGAAGUGGUAGAGGAUUAUGUGCACCAUGAUUAUGCAAGAGAGUCAAGCAACAUAAAGAAUGAUAAACAAGUUUUUCAAGAGAAAAUGAAAGAUAUUUUACAGGAAAUGAAAAUGAAAGAAAUUAUUCGUGAGAAAAAUGUUGAUACUAAUCUAAAACAAUCUAAUCCAUACCCAACGAGUAAUAGACCACUGACACCUGAAUCGAUUGAUCAAACGUUUGAUCAUUCAGGUGAUGAUAGUUAUAUGAAAGAUGAAGAGGUAAUUGACGAAGAGAUACAAGUGGAAGAGGUAAUUGACGAAGAGAAUAAAGUGACAAUGAGAGUCGAUGAUCGAGAAAGUUCUGUUCAAUAUGAAUUUGAACCAGAACCAGAGAAUGACAAAUUUAUUGAAACACAGACACAAACGAAAAAUGAUGAAUUUCAGUAUGAAGGACGAUUAUCAGAAAACAUCACGUAUAGAUCAGAAGAUUCGAAUUCACAAAGUCGUUUGAUUUAUAAUGAAGUUCCGGCUAUGAACUCUAAAACUAAUGAUAUAGUUAAUUUUGUUCAAGAACACGUACAAACUUUGAAAUUAAACGAAGAGCCGCAGGCUAAUGUUAAAUAUUCUGAACAGUCUAAACAUUGUCACGUACCGACUUUCUAUAAUGAAGCAAUAGUUGAUCAUGCAGAUAGAACAUUACCAAUUUCAUCUAUUUCUCCGACACUGACAGUUGUACAAACAUCAUCUCAAAACUCGACAAAUUCUAGAUCUCGUUCAAUUAGACCAAUAUAUCAAAGUUCAGUAACUCUGUCUAAUCACAAUCAAUCAACUCCUCAUAAUUCUAAAUCAGUUAUGCAUUAUCCUGUUCGUAGAACAUAUUCACCAAGAGAAGAACCCACGAGUCCAACAAGAACUGCAAUUCAUAUUGGAUCACAAGUAAUAUCAGAACAAAGUGGACCAUCGUUUACAAUAUUCUUAAGACGUCCAAACAGUGAACGCCAUUGGGGCUUUUCAUUUUAUGGUGGAGCAGAAUAUGGAUGUCCACCGUUUGUAAACAAAGUGACCUCAAAUGGAUUAGCCAAUCAAGCGGGCUUAGAGGUUGGUGACGUUAUAGUAAGCAUUUGUAAUUCCUUAACAGUUGGCAAGACGUACGAACAAGUCAAGGCGGAGAUUUUACGGGCUGGCAAUGAAUUAGAUCUUAUAUUAAUCAGACGAGGUGUAGACUUAAGUAAAGUUGCACAGAUUGCUCCACAUAUAAUGACUACAUCAUCUUUUGGUCAUCAAUCAUCAGUUGAUUCGGAUAGUAGUAGUCAGAGAAAGUUAUCAACAAGAUCAUUAACACGAGGUCGAUCAUUCCGCCCGAUUCAAACAAAAUCGUUCCGUAUUUUAGAACAACAGCUUAGUAUUAGUGAAAGCACCGGUAAUCCAGUUGUUAAACCUAGACAAAACGUCAAUGAACUACGUAUUAUAACCUCACCUAGCUAUAGUACUACAUUUACUAAACCCUAUGGACAAAAUAUAAACAGUCAAGGAUUUAUUACUGAUGUUCGAAAUAAACCACAACAAAUACAUCACGUAACAACGUCAACAACAUUUAUACAUCCUAAAUCCAAUCAGAACUAUAAUCAACCGCAAUCCAAUUCAUAUGACUAUAGUCAUACAGCGAGUAAUGUUUCUCCAAGUCGGUGGGUAACUACUCAACCUAUUCGAAUAUCAAAUACAGUAAAUACUAAUAAUAUGAACAAUGUUAAUUGUCAGUUAUACCAACGAAAUGAAAAUGUCAACUGGGUAAAGGCUACUCCAUCUAAUCUACAUUCUCAAAGUGAUUUGUAUAAUCAAAGUACUUAUAUAACAAACAGUUACACUGAACAGAGAGAUUCAUCAAGUACUAGAUCUGUUCCAAUCUAUUCUACUUCAUAUUCACCCUAUAGACAACUAUAA